GGAUGAGGGGUAGGAGGAGUGUCCUGAAGGCCAGUGGGAGCCUCCCCCAGGGUUGCGAUUGGCCGAGGCUGGUGUGAGUGAGUGCAGGGGAGGCCAGUAGGAAGGUGAGUGGUCUGGGAGCCUGCUAGGGGGCAGGCAGCCGCAGUGAGCAGCCACCACUGCCUGUUAAAAUCUAAGGUACUCCUCAUUACAGCUACAGACUGAUAGACAGAGAGCAGGGGAGGGCUGGAGACAGUGCUAAGAGAGGGAGAGGGAAGGAGAGUGAGACACUGUGAACAGGGAAAGUUAGAGAAUAAGCAGUCUUACUUGUGUGCUCACCCUUCCUUGACUGCUGCCUCCCCUCUGCACUACCUGAGGCACACAUACACACACACACAGGGAGGUGUUUCAGGGAGGCUUAGAGGGCUGACUCUCCAGGGAAGAAGGGAAUUAAACACUUUUGUUUCCAAUCCACCGCGUCCAUACUCAGGACACAAAAAGGGAUUACAGCUUGUACGCCUGCCCCACUUGUUCCUCUCUUCUCUCCGCAUUUUGUCUUCACUGAGUUACUUUGGAGACUUUGGAUACAACCUUCUUGAAUUGUUGGUUCGAGCUCAGAGAGGCAUGGCACACGGACAAAAGAGCCCCAGGUGGGCAUUAACCCAGGGCUCCUUCAGCUUGGCACUGGGCCUGUCGCUCUUCUCCCUCCUCCUCCUCCUCCUCACCGUCUCGGCCGCAGAUGAGUACGACUACUACAGCUGGCAGUCGGACAACUUCCACAAUGGCCGCUUCUACACCAAGCAGCCCCAGUGUGUGGACAUACCAGCUGACCUGCGCCUGUGCCACAAUGUGGGCUACAAGAAGAUGAGGCUGCCCAACCUCCUGGAUCACGAGACCAUGCCAGAAGUCAAGCAGCAGGCGGGCAGCUGGGUGCCCCUCCUGGCCAAACGGUGCCAUGCUGAUACCCAGGUCUUCCUGUGCUCGCUGUUUGCACCCGUGUGCCUGGACAGGCCCAUCUAUCCCUGCCGCUCCCUGUGCGAGGCCGUGAGGGACAGCUGUGCUCCAGUGAUGGAGACCUAUGGCUUCCCCUGGCCAGAGAUGCUGACCUGUGAUAAGUUUCCCAUUGACAACGACCUCUGCAUCCCCAUGCAGUUCACUGGGAACCACGCAACCCAGCCACCAGUGUCCAAGGUGUGCCCUCCGUGUGACAACGAGCUAAAGGCGGACAAUAUCAUGGAGCAUUACUGCGCCAGUGACUUUGCCCUCAAGAUGAAAAUCAAGGAGGUGAAGAAGGAGAAGGGUGACCGGAAGCUGAUUGCAGCACAAAAGAAGAAGAAAGUGCUGAAGCAGGGUGUGCUGAGGAAGAAGGACCUGAAGAAACUGACCCUGUACAUCAAGAACGGCGCCAACUGCCCAUGCUCCCAGCUGGACAGCCUGGGCUCCAACUUCCUCAUCAUGGGCCGCAAAGUGGACCAGCAACUGCUGCUCAUGUCCAUUCACAAGUGGGACAAGAAGAGCAAGGAGCUCAAGUUCGCCAUCAAGUACAUGAAGUCCCAUCAGUGUCCCACCUACCACACCGUCUUCCAGUGAUGCGGCUCGCUGUGCCGUUCACAGAAUCCACGAUCGCUCCCCACGUUCCACCCUGUUCCACGCAGAUCCUAAUUCUCAUUCAAUAACGCGUCCCUGAAUCCCAGAUCCCUGCAAAAUCUGUUACCAGCCCACUACAAAUAUCCAACAAGGCUUUGCAAGGUGGUCAAGCUUUUAUUUUCGCAGCUUUAAACAUGAAUCAGGCAGUAAAAGGUCUGAUCUGCUUAGAUGAACCAGACAUAUUAUUAACAUUAGAGAGGGUAUAAACUGCACUCUGCAGCCCCCUCCGCAUAAUAAAAGCCCCAAAGGAACAGAUUUUAUAGCAACCAUCAUGACAUCAUCCUAUUUCCAAUAGGGAAGUUUUGAUCUACCCCCCUGCAAUCUGAUAUUCUUUGACAAUUCUACUUUCCUCUUCUGAUAUAGUAGAACCAAUCACUUGUAUGAUAUCUUACAGCAACGUUAUCAAUUAGACUGUAGCAGUAAGAAAAGGCAACCUAAAGAUGUGAGGCAACUAUUGAAAGGAAAAAGGUGUUUGAUGAUGUCACGGCUACAGGCAAACAGAUCGGAGAGGCAGCUGAGUGGGAAGGCGAGGUUUGUUUCAGUGCAAAACGAGCUGAGAGAAAUGAUUCGCUGCAGUGCAUGUGGGCUGUGCAAUGGGCCAGCGUGCACACUGGCACAGAGCUCCCAGGAACAACAUCAAAGCAGAGCAAUGUAGAUGAUCCACUUAAUUGUAUGUUUUAAUAAUGUAAAAAGUAGGUUAUUCAGAUGAAUACUAGAUGAUUAGAAAACUGGGCUUUUUUCUUUUAUCCCUGCCGGGAAAGAAGGCCGAUGGAACGAGACAGACUGACGGAAUGGAUGAUGCUUCCACUGACUUUGUACAGCACCGUUUUUUUGUGGCCUGAAAGAGGGAAACUUGAACAUUUUUUGCUUUGCAUUUUCAAUUGGAGAGAGAAGGAGGUUGAGGCAGAGAAGUUCUGGAAAACAAGUGGAGAAUAAAAGAGAAGAAAAGAGAGAAAGAGACUCUGGACAGAACCAACAAUGUUGGGUUGAUAAGUCUCUGGUACUUUUUCACUAUCACUCUUCAAAUGUUUCUUUUUUUUUGUACUUAAAUUUUUGAAUUUGCUUCAGUUAAACUUAUAUUGUAUGACAGCAGAAAUCAUACAUACAAACAUAGCACCUGAAUUCACUGUCGCCGUAGCAAAAAAAGAUGAAAAUUUAACUUUGACAAUAUUUUCUAAUCAGUUAACCUGUAAGUAGUUCUGUUACUGAAAUACGUCUUUGUUUUACAAAAAAGUAAAUGAAUAAAAUAUAUUUGAA